AUAAAACCAACCGUACCGAUGGCGCCAACACUUUAAUCGUUACCUAUACCGUGCGCCGUCACAAUCGUCUCGCAGUCGACCGGUCUUCUCUAGGACUUUCCACAGGUCUCAUCAUGAAGGUUGCUAUCUGCCUGUUCGCCGUCCUUGCCCUGGCGCUGGCCGCUCCCCAGCGCGACGGGGGUGCCCUCACCGAUGAAGCCAUCCGGCAGGCACAGUCCCAGCAGCUGAUCCCACAGGACGCACAGAUCCAGGGUGUCCAGCAGGGCAUUCAGGUGGCUGCACUCGAAUCCAUCCCCGGCAGCCAGCGUGUGGAUCUGUUCCAGCUGCUCGGCGAUCAGGUACCGCGUGAGGUCAUCUCUAACCUGCAGUCGCAGGUCGACCAGGUUGGCCAGAACUAA